AUGCUCUUCACUACCUCCUUUGCCACUCUCGUCGUUGCCACUCUCGCUGCCCUUGCUUCCAAAGGCUCGGCGACGCCCACUGCCACGUCUGCCCGCAUGGUGACAGACAGCGAGUUCCUCACCUGGCUCGCCACCACCGACGCCAACAUCACAUACAUCGGCCCUGCCACCUCCAAGCGCGCCAAAAGCGUCAUGGUCACCUACUGCACCAAGCGGUCCGGCAACGUCUGCGGCGGCUCGUGCCAGGUGUACAACGGGCCGGACACGUGCCUAGACGCGUCUGGGACGUCGUGCCUGAUGGCGUCGGCGGACGUGUCAUUCUGCGACCACGGCGGGUGCAGCGGGAGCUGCAAUCAGCUGUCCACAUGCGGGACGAAGCUGUCUGGAGGGUUCUGCGACACGCCGGGCACGAACUCGAUCAUCGUUCCGUUUGUGAACUGA